AAAACGUGUAGGAGAGGUGUGGGCCGAGCAGAGUCAACACUCACAUCCAUCCUCGCCGCACUUGCGAUGAAACAUUCAAUGCACUCUCUCUCUCUCUAACCCCGCUCUCUCUCUCUACCGAUAUCCACUGACGGACACGUCUCCGCCCCGACCUUCUUCGGCCCCUCUCUCUCUCACUCUCUGCUCCUCUUUCUUUCUCGUGAGCGUGUGGAGAAUCUAGGAGCGGUCUAUAUGCUUUUGUACUGUCUCGAGCUCAAAACCAUUCAAGCUUUACCCUUUCUCUCUCCAACAAUCCAAACUCACUCUCUCUCCUCCCUCAUCGUUUGUUCUCUCUCCAAAACCAUUGAAGCUUUACCCUUUCUAUCUAUAAAAAUCCGAUCUCCCUCAUCCGCACUCCAAAACCAUUUGAAGCUUUACCGUUUCUCUCUCUAAAAAUCCAAUCUCCCUCUCUCUCCUUCUCUCUCAUCAGAUCUUAACAUCUCUCUGAAACGUCUCUCUCGCUCUCUCUCUCUCUCUCUGACAGAAAUCCAUUCCAAACGUCUUUACGUCUGGAUCGUUUCCCACCUCCACUUUCUCUCUCAUCUUCCCUUCCUUUCUGGAUUAUUUCCCACCUCCUCUCUCUCUCCCCCCUUUCUCUCUCAUCUCCUCUCUCUCUAUCUCUUCGCCAAUCAAAUGGAUAGUGAGCUCUGGACAUCUCGCCUCGCCGCUGCCAAGCAACAGUACUCUUUACAGCAACAACAUUCUCAUUUAGAUCGGUUGAGUAUUGAUGACUUUGAGGUGGAAGAAGAUGUUCGAGUUGAUUUCCCGUGUCCAUAUUGCUUCGAUGACUACGAUAUCGCCUCUCUCUGUUCUCAUCUCGAAGAUGAGCAUCCGUUUGAGGCCAAAGUCACGGUUUGUCCAAUCUGCUCGGUUAAGGUUACACGGGAUAUGCUGAAUCAUAUAAUGAUACAACAUGGACACCUAUUCAAACUUCAGAGAAGACGAAGAUUGCGGAGAGUGGCUCUCUCUAACAAUUCAGCCUUAUCACUAUUAGGCAGGGAUCUUAGAGAGGCCCACUUACAGGUGCUUUUGGGAGGUGGGGGAUUGCGUUCGAGCAGCAAUAACUCAUCUCACAUAGCCUCUGAUUCAUUCCUCUCAUCCUUGGUGUUGAAUUUAUCUGCACCUGAGGUAGAAGACAUUUCAAAAUCUGCAAUUUGUGGUGUUGAGGAUGCAGAUGCAAAGAACAUCACGCCCAUGCAGACUUGGAAGCCAAGUUUGUGCUCGUCGUUGAGUUCUGAAGAAAGAGAGCAGAAGACGAGACAGGCAGGGUUCGUACAAGACCUACUCCUCUCCACUCUGUUUGGUGACUAGUGGGAUUUUGUUGAUCAUGGGUGGGAGUUGGAGUGCCUUUUUAGAUGGCAAUGGUACACAAAUGUAUUAUUUAGUCUCUCUCUACCUCUCCUUUUAUCUAUCUCUCAAAUAGUAUCUCAUAAAUACAUGUUCUUAUACUUUGAUGAUUCAUGCUUUAUUUAUGAAACGGGGGUUUUAGAUUCUCUCCUUA